CCUCUUGAAAAAGCACUUUUGGGACCGGACUUUCUGUUGUUGUUUUUUUUCCUUGAAGACGUUUUGCUUCUCAUCCAAAAAGCUUCUUCAGUUCUGGACUGAAGAAAUUGAAGAAGCUUCUUGGAUGAGAAGCGAAACGUCUUCAAGGGAAAAAAAACAGAAAGUCCAGUUGCCUCUUGAAAAAGCACCUUUGGGACAGCCAUGACCUGGAUGACUGAGCAUCUCCAUAGACUAAAGAGGACUCCUUAUCCAUCCGUAUCCAUCCUUGUCCACAGCAUCUGGUUAUGGGGCGUCGUCAGGCUGCACAAAACAGGAUGUGGAGGAUGUACAGUUCUCACAUUUUGCAGUAUGAGGCUCAGAAAAGAAUAAUUGCUCCAUCAGUUAUUUUUUAUAUUCCUGUUUCUGACUUUUAGAACACCAGGAGUAUUUAGAGGUAAUACUCAACAAAAAGUGAAUAAGGAAGAUGAGAUUCUGGUGGGUUUUCAUUCUUUUAAGUUUAUUUCUUUUUCAACUUGAGGCUAACCCUGAAGUCAGAAUAAGAAUUACACAAAGGGGAUUGAAUUAUGCAAAAGAAAUUGGAAUGAAGCUCCUUGAACAAGAACUAAGGACAAGAAUAUUUCCAGAUGAGAUUGGCACUGAAAAAUACUUUUUUGGCAAAGUUGACUACACAGUAUCAAGCUUCUCUCUUUAUAGGAUUCAAAUCAUGUCUACUUCAAUAUAUAAUUCUUCUGUGGUCCUGAUACCUGGGAAUAGUAUUGGACUAUUAAUUAAAAAUAUUUCUGUGACAGUUACUACACACUGGACCUUGAACAACUGGCUGAUUGACUAUCAGGGAGAAGUUGAAAUAUCCAUUUUAGGACUGUCUAUUACAACAAAUAUGAUUGUGGCACAAAAUAACAGAGGAGAUUUUCUGGUCUCUGUUGAAAACUGCCAAUUGACCACUGGUAAUAUUGAAGUCCAGCUUAAUAGUGAAGGAAGGUGGUUUUAUAAUGCUUUUGUUCAACGUUUGGAAAAGGUUAUACGUACAAGAUUGGAAAACCAACUCUGUUUAAAUGUUAUAUUAAGAAUCCAAAAGGAAACCAAAGUACUUAAAGGACUAAAAGGUGUAUUCCAGAUUAAUCCCUUUAUCCAAGUAAAGUAUUCACUUAUUAAACCUCCUGAAGUCUUUAAAUCCUAUGUUGAUCUGGAUUUUAAGGUUUCUGUGUAUUUUUCAAGUAAUCAUACAGAGUCUCCCUUUGUGGCAGCUCCCAUCACUCUUCCAGAAAAGAACAACUAUAUGCUCUUUGGUGGAAUUUCUGAAUCUUUGCUAAACUCUAUUACGUUAACUUAUUACACUACUAGAGUGUCGAAGAUAACUUUUUUGGAAGAGCAUUCCUCAAACUUUAAUUUAACCACAGAUACCUUAAGCAGAGUCAUUCCUCAAGUUAUACAGCAUUAUGCCAAAUCACAUCCAGUGAGAAUGAAAUUAAUGGUCACUGCAGCUCCAGUUUUAAGGUUGCAAAAUAACAGUUUCACUAUAGAGAUUCCUUGUUUUGUAGUAGUAUCUGCUCUUCUGUCAAACUCAAUGAUAAAGCCCAUCUUUGCCAUGAAUGCAUCUAUAGGUUUGAAAGCCAAGGCAGUAAUAGCUAAGCAAAAGCUAAUUGUCUUAUUACAGCUCCAGAGAUUAUAUCUGUCUCUGACUUAUUCAAGCAUUGGCUCUUUUCAGGUCCAACGUUUGAAGAACUUCUUGUCUUACUCCUUACAAAAUACAGUAAUUCCACCAAUCGCUGCUGCACUGAAGAGAGGAUUACAGUUACCCACAAUGGCCAAACUUGUUUUUUCUGAAGCUGUGACUGAAGUUAACAAGGGAUAUAUACUGAUUUCCACGGACCUAAAUUACAAAUAUUAAGAAAUCAGAUGUUUCAUCAAGUGAAAAUUACUGUGGAAUACUUAGCACUCUGUAAGCAGUUUUCUCUAGAUGAUUUUAAAGAAGACUAUCACUCAUCGUUUGAAAUAAGUGUAAAAACAAAACAUUGACUGUCUAUAAACUUCCAAAUGCUGUGAAUAAAUAAUUGGUUGGUAUAACCACAUCACA